AGAUUUUGCUUCUGAAUAUGAAAUCAUAUCGAUUAAUAAAAAUAUUAGAAAUCCAAAGACUCCAAUUAAACGAUUACGAACACUAAAUUUUGCUAUUAAGAAACGUUGUAAUCGUAAUGCUAUUAUUCGGUAUCCAUAUUUCAAUAGAGAAACAGAUAGAGAAAAUUAUUUUGAAAAUCUUCUUUCUCUCUAUUUACCGAUAAGAAGUCGAAGUGAAUUGAAAAAACCUUAUGAAUUGUUUUAUGAAAUAGGUGAAAUAUUUGAUGCUCGACAACAAUGUAUAAGAAAAGUAAAAGAAGUUGUCUAUGAAAAUCGAAAAAAAUAUGAAGCUCAUUGGAAAGAAACAGAUGAAGCGGAAUCAUUAUUUAAUCAAUUAUCAGUAGAUAUGAAAGACAACGAAUGGGCUGAAAUUGUUGCUAAUAAAGAAAAGGAUAAUACAUGGUCAGGAGAUAUUGAACGAGAAGAUAAUCCCGAUUUUAAUAUUAUUCAUAAAAGAAAAAAUAAAAAUACGUUCAUUGACUUGAAGCAAACUUUUGCUACUACAAAUGAAAUAAGACCCUUCUUAGAAUCGAUGAACUAUGAACAACAAGAAGUAUUUUAUUAUGUUCGAGAAUGGUGUACAAAACGUUUACAUAAUCCUGAUGUCGAACCGCUUCGUUUGUUCAUUACGGGAGGAGCAGGCACAGGUAAAAGUCAUCUUUUGAAAUGUCUUCAUUACGAAGCAACAAAAAUUUUUUCUCGUAAAAAACAUUUAGAACCCGAUGAGAAUAUUGACGAGAUUCAUACAUUGAUCACAGCUUUUACUGGUGCCGCAGCUGUCAAUGUUGGUGGAGUAACUAUUCAUAGUGCAUUCGGGAUUGGAACUCAAAAUAAUACUUUAAGUGAUAAUUUAUCUUGCGAUAAAUUAAAUAGUUAUCGUUGUAAGUUAGGUACACUUAAAUUAUUAUUUGUUGAUGAGGUUUCUCUUAUACAAGCCGGUUUAUGGGGUGCUAUGCAUUCUCGUCUUACUCAAAUCAUGGGUAUACAUUCGAAUACAGCUAUUUUUGGUAAUGUUGGUAUAGUUGCUAUAGGUGAUUUUUAUCAAUGUUCACCAGUAGCAGCUUCAAGUAUUUAUUCUUCUUUACUUUGGUCUGAUCAUUUUGAAUAUGUUGAACUUAAAAUCAAUGAAAGACAAAAAACAAACAUUUUUUUCUCACAAAUGCUUAAUCGUAU